UUACGGAAGAUGGCUCAAAAUGAAAUUGAGGAAAUGUUAGGUCACCUGAGUAGAAUCAAGAAUGGAGGUAAUCUGAGUAUAGCCAAGAUUGAUCAAACUAAGAAACUUGAAAUCGUGCUAAGAGUUUUUAGAACCUUUAUAAAGUAUCAUCAUAUUCUUUUGCCGGAUCCAGUCAAACUCACAAAGAAGGCCAAAUUGACUGUAAAAGCGCUUCAACAGGUAUUGUGGGGUGAAUGUAAAACUAACCAUAAUCUGGAAAGGAUAGAAUCACAUUUGUUGGAAUUCUUGGAAUGUGAUACCGUUUUAAGUUACAAUUAUGAGUUGAAUGAUUUUGGUCUGUUAGGAUGUAUGGAUUGCCUCGGAAAGAAUCUAAAUGAUCUACUGAUGAUAUUACUGGAAAGGUCUGACCCUCCUGAAGAAGACCUUCCAGUACACAAAUAUAUAAAGCCACUGAAAAUUGUUCAAAAGAAAAUGAGAUUUUUGAGAUACUUAUAUACCACAGAGAUAAAAGGUUACGUCGAUGAUGAGAAGCUGGAAUGUUUGGAGACACGAAUUCAGUUCAUGACUGACAAUGUGGGACAGUUUUGUCAUGCUAUUUCAGUGUUUCUUCUUUCUGAUUUCGUAGAUGAUAUGGAUGAGGAUGACAAAUAUGAGUAUGAUAUCGUGAAUACACCUCCUUAUCUAUUAUGCUUGAAUAAACCUCCUUAUCUAUUAUGCUUGACUGUGUUAGUGGAGCUGGAAAUGAAGAAGAUUUUUCUUAGUGAACUAAAGGCUUCAAAGUUUAGUCAAACAAGAACUUUCAAGGACAAGAAAUUACCAAAAGGAUUUUCUCAUCAUCUCCAUAGUUUGCUGAUGUAUCUCAGAAACAAAAAGCUCAAGAACUUUCCUAAUAAUAUAUCUGCUCAAAAAAUUGAUGUGUCAAUAGAGUUCUUGUUGGUUUUCCUUGAUGUUGAUGUGUCAAAUCAUGUUGUUAAUGGUAACUGGUUGAAUGAGGUCUUGCUAAAGGUUGGAGCUAUAGCGGGUGAUGUUCUAUAUGUAAUUCAAAAGCUUCUUCCUAGCUCUAUAAACAAAGAUGACACUAGCAAGACAAAUCUUUGCUCGAUACAGAUAUUGGAGAAAACUAAAGAUCUGAAGGCACAAGUGGAGACUUACUACAAAUCCUUAAAAUUCACUCCAUCUCAGUUCCCCAACUUUGGUGGAUUGAGCUUUCUGGAUUCUUUUUUAAGGAAACUGAAUAAGAUGUCGAAAUCUAAAUCUGGUUUGGAUUUCCUGAUGAAACCUCUUUUAGGUAAUUUGGAGAAAGAGCUAUCAUCUCUAACAUCCAUUUUAGAGAAGGAUCUGUCAUCUUUAUCAUCCGUUUUCAGAGAUGCUGCAAAGGUGCACCAUGAACAUAAAGUUCUUAAAGAUCUUCAGAGACGUACCAUAAAUUUGGCAUAUGAAGCUGAGGUUGCCAUUGACUCUGUUCUUGCUCAGUAUAAUGCUUUUUGGUAUAUUUUUUGCUCACUUCCUACAAUCUUAAAAGAGAUCAAGCAAAUUAAUGCGGAGGUGGCUGAGAUGUGGUCGGUGGACGUUGCUCUUAAGCCUCACUAUGUGGUAGCGCCAUCUAAACAUCUACCAACUCAACAUAGAAAUAUAGUGAAUGAUGAGGAGAUAGUGGGUUUUGAGAAUGAAACCGGAAAAAUGAUUCAGUAUCUGAUUAGAGGUACAAAUGAGCUAGACGUCGUCCCAAUUGUAGGCAUGGGGGGACAAGGGAAAACAACAAUUACUAGAAAGGUGUACAAUAGCGACAACAUUGUUUCUCAUUUUGAUGUUCGAGCCUGGUGCAUCAUUUCCCAAACAUAUAACCGGAGAAAGCUAUUACAAGAGAUUCUUAGUCAAGUUACCACUUCCCAGGACAUGGUAGAUAAGGAUGUCGAACUUGCGGACGUGUUGAGGAAAAGACUAAUUGGAAGGAGAUAUCUCAUUGUAUUGGAUGAUAUGUGGGAUUGUAUGGCAUGGGAUGACUUAAGGCUUUCUUUUCCAGAUGUUGGAAAUAGAAGCAGAAUAGUAGUAACAACUCGACUUGAGAAAGUUGGUGUGCAAGUCAAGUACCAUACUGAUCCUUAUUCUCUUCCAUUCCUCACAACAGAAGAGAGUUGCAAAUUGUUGCAGAAAAGAGUGUUUCAAAAGGAAGAUUGCCCGCUUGAUCUACAAGAUGUGAGUCACGAAGUUGCAGAAAAAUGCAAGGGAUUGCCUCUAGUGGUUGUCUUGGUAGCUGGAUUAAUCAAAAAAAGGAAAAUGGAAGAAUCUUGGUGGAAUGAGGUGAAAGAUGCUUUAUUUGACUAUCUUGAUCGUGAGUCGGAAGAAUAUAGUCAGGCGACUAUGCAGUUGAGUUUUGAUAACUUACCCAAUUGUUUAAAGCCUUGUCUUCUUUAUAUGGGGAUGUUUCCGGAGGAUGAAAGUAUUCCAGUGUCUAAAUUGAUUAGUUUAUGGAUCGCGGAAGACUUCGUGGAGAACAUUGAAUCUGCUGAAGAUUACUUGAUGGAUCUCAUUAGCAGUAACGUGGUAAUGGUUUCAAGGAGAAGUUAUAAUGGUAAAGUCAAAUACUGUCAGGUUCAUGAUGUAGUGCUUCACUUUUGCUUGGAGAAGAGUAGAGAAGAAAAGUUUAUUCUGGCAGUGAAGGGGAAUGCUAGCCAGUUUCGACCUUUGAAUUGGAAGGGAAGCUCUCGAGUGAGCUUCAGUUUCAGUGAAGAGCAUUCCAAGUUUGCAUCUCUAGUCUCCAAAACACAGAAGCCUUUCCACCAACACUUGAUGUCACUGAUAACGACCAAUCAAGUAGAAUCUAUUGAUGUGACUCCCUUCUGUCAGAUUAGUGAAUUGCGACUUCUUAAGGUCUUGGAUUUGAGUUCUUACACUCUGGAGUUUUUGUCGUUACCUACAUUCAAUCCACUAAAUCACCUGAAGUACCUUGCAGUUUGGGCAGAUAAAUUCUAUUUUCAUCCAGAAUCACAUCUGCCCUAUCUAGAAACUUUAAUUGUGAAGAAUUUUGAUUAUGUAGUACAGUUACCAGCGUCUUUUUGGGAAAUGGAAAAAUUAAGGCAUGUUGAGAUCGGUGAAGUUGAAUUUGAUAAGCAUGGGAUGUUUGAAGGAUCCUCUAAAUUGGAAAAUUUGAGUACAUUAAGGAAGGUUAUAUUUCCAAUUGAGGAAGUUGAUAGGGUGGAUGUGUUAUUAAGGAGGUGUCCUAAUCUUCAACAACUUCACCUUGAUAUUUGGAAAGAUUCUGCAGAACCUUUAUGUCUCAAAUGGGAGAGUCUUACCCAGCUUCAAAUACUUCACCUUUACUUUGAUUGUCCCAUAGUUUUAUCCGGGUUACAGUUGCCUUCAAGUUUAAAGAAGUUGGUACUAUUCGAGUCUUAUAUAGAAAGCGUGAUUCCCUUCAUUGCGGGGCUACCAAGCCUGGAGUAUCUUCAAUUAUUGUUUCCGGAUUUUCCUCAAUCAGAAGAGUGGUGCCUUGGAGAUAUCAUGUUCCAUAAACUUAAGAUGUUGAAACUGGUGGGCUUAAGUAUCUCAAGGUGGGAUGCCUCGGAGGAAUCCUUUCCCCUGCUUGAAACACUUGUUAUAAACUGGUGUGACAAGCUUGAGGGGAUCCCCCUUAGCUUUGCAGAUAUUCCAACACUGAAACAGAUUAAGUUGAUGUACUGCUCCAACAACAAAUCUCUGAAGGCUUCAGCUGUGAGAAUUAAGGAAGAAGCCGAAGCGAUUGAAGGAUGCGACCGUAUUGAUAUCACUAUCAAAGAUUUUCAUGGAGAGAAUAUAAGGCGGCUGUGAAUCAAGUAUGUGCCUGUCAACAAUGGUAUUGUUUUUAUGUUAAUUGAGCUCUCAAACUCAUGAGGAUUUGUUUGAAUUUGACAACUGCAGCAAAAGCACAGACAGUCUAUCGUGCGGCUUGCUGAAACGCCCAUGCGUACCGAUUGCUAAGUUUGUUUUGAUUGAUAAACUCUUUUUAUGUAUGAUUGGAGACCAAUUUAUAUAUAUCAGAUGGUCUUUUACUGUUGCCUUUUGUA